GUAGAGCAACACUUGCAAUUUUUUGUUGUAUACUCUUGUUUUGUUUUUUUAGUCUUUCCAAUAAGAGUUGGCUUCAAUUUUAGCAUAAGGAAAUAGUGAACAUACAAUAAGAAAAAAGAUGACGACGUGGGGAAAUAUUUGUCGCAUCUGUAGCAGCCCCGCAGAAUACAAUAUAUUUGCCAAAAUACCGACAUAUUUACACGGUUCACACAACGAGUAUCUCAACUACCAGAAGCCAAUCAAUGUUUUACUUGAAGAGACAACGGGACUGAAGGGAUCACAUGAUGAUGGCCUGCCUUCAUGUAUAUGCGCACUAUGCAUAUCGUAUUUAAAACACGCUGUAACAUUCCGUGAACAGUGCAUUAAAAAUGCAAUAAGUCUCAAGUUAAUCGAGAUAUAUCAACAAAAGUCGGGGAGCAACAAUAAAGAUACCACUGCUGAUAAAGAGAACGAACUGUUUACGGCGGAUCAACUGCGCUACGUGGAACAGCGACCAGUGGACAAUCUGCUGCUGAACAACAGCAUCAAGCUAGAAACAACGGACAAAGUGCACAAACAGCUGCUCAACCAGACGCUGCCCCAGCAGAGGGGAAACAAUGGGAGUGGGAGUGGAAACGGUAGCAGCAGCGGCAGCGGGAAUGGAAGUGGCAACGAACAGCGAAUACACUUUCUAAAUGCCUUGCUCAACAAGCAUCGCAAUUCAGCACAAGCGGAGCUGCCUUCGACCAGUGCUGGCAGUGGCAGCGGCAAUGGCACAGGCGAGGACGAAGACUACGCAGCAGUCACCUCUAGCGACGACAACGAGGAGAAUGCUCUACAGCGCAAGCACAAGAACUGUUACAAUUACAGCGAAACAAACUUCGAGGAAGACGAUCCCAUGGAGCAGGCGCAGCUAAGAGACAUUAAAGUCAACAUACCCGAACCCAUGUGGAAGGAGCGCAAGUGUCCGGCGUGUUGCAAGCGGUACAUGCACGAAGAUACGCAUCAAUUGCACUUGGACAACUGCGUCGAAUAUCAGUUCUUUAGCUUUGCUGCCGAGAUGAAUCGCCUGUUGGACAUCAAGCAACAGAAGAUGGUGUCGCCACACGAGUUCAUCAGGCGCAUGAUAUUCGCACUGCACAAAAUAUGCACUUGGUUGCAGGAACAUUCCAUAGACACGCAGCUGGCCGAUAAGCUCAAUCAGGUGAAGAUCACAAAUGGCACCAUUGAGAAAGCAACUGAACCCGCUCCCGUUGCUGAUCCUUCGACGGCAAUAAAGACAACUUGUUCGCAGUGGUUGGGACCUCUUAACACGGAAGACGAUGCUCCAUUUACCAGCUCCUUACUGAAGCUUAGCGGCAGCAAUACGCCAAUUACAGUGGAGAACAAUGUGCUCUAUGCCAUUGAGCGCAGUGAGAGUCGCAAUUCGCAGCAGUCCGGCAAGAAUCUGGUGGUCAAGAAGCCCAUUCCCAUCCGAUGCUCAGCGACUGCGAAUGCAGCUGCUCCGCUGUUGCAUGAGGAACGUGCCUCGUUCCUCGAGAAGUUGCAACGUGCCACAGUUACGCCACAGGAUUCGCCAGUGCCUGCAGCUUACGGUUCCACAUUGUUGCAGCCGUUCUCUGCAGCCCGUUGCAAUCAGUGCAAUCUGGUAUUUGACUCCGUCACUGAGCUGGAGAUUCACAAUGUGAGGCAUCACAAUGUGCAGAGCAACGGCAAUAAUAAUAAUCAUAAUAACGCUUUGAAUGCCAAAGACAAAGACGACGACGCCCAAAGACGUCGCAUAAUCGCCCUGUUUGAAGACGACAUCUAAUUGAUUAAUGUUUCAUUUGUGGCACGUAUUUACUUUAAUCUCAUUUCCAUAUAAUCCUAAGUCUGAGUAGUGCUUUCGUUUCAUAUUUUACUUUAAUCUCAUUUCGUAUAUUCCAUAUAAUCCUAAGUCUGAGUAGUGCUUUCGUUUCAUGUCGUCCAUUAUUUGUGCUUUCAUUUGUCCAUUUCAAUGUGGUAUUUAGUUUGUAAUUGAUUGUAAUUUGUAUAAUUUGGUGUAAUUGUCUUUUUAGUUUUAGCACACAUUAUUCAAUCUCAAUCACAUUUAUGUAUUCAAUUCAAUACUCCGCAAGGGGCAAGAAUCCGUAGUAUUUAUAAAAACAAUUUUAUAUACAAACGAACGAAAGGAGAAUAAUCAAUUCCCAAGAGCAUACGAAAUCGAUUGUGUCAAUUGUUUUAUUUUCGGUGGCGAAAUAUUUGAAUAUUAUUUAUUUAAACUGAGAAACAAUCUGGAGUUCUUUGUUUUUUUAUAUUAUCAAUUCAAUUCUCUUAGGAGUUUAAAUUCUCAUUUAAUUUCUGGUGAUAUUAUUUAAUAGUAAGAGGAAU